AUGGCUGACAAGAUGCCGUCAGAGAAGCUGUACUCCAACCUUGUCUCGAUCCCAAGCAUUACAGGUGGUUAUCUGAUCUCAGAUGGAAACGAAUUUCCCACCAUCAUGAUGAGGAGAAACCAAAAGGAUAUGAAGAAUGACGAGCAGAGAUCUCAUCUCGCUACCUUUCUUCCCUCAUAUUCGCCUCCUUCCUCCCCUUCGUCCUCGUCUCCGGUUACCUACUCUUGUGAUGCUUUCCCAACGGAUCUGCGAGAUGUUUUGAGCAUGUCAGUCUCGCCCUCCGGCAAGCUAGUCGCGAUGGUCAGGGUGCGAGACGUGAAGGGGGUCAAGGAGCAGAGCAUCGAGAUAUGGGACCGACACGCCCUCUUGCUCUCCGUGUCCUCCUACGGUGAGCUGCAUGGCCCUAUCAACGUCGCCGACAGUUUCGCAUGUCUGUCGUGGAAUAAGGAGGAGACCAUGCUUCUGUACGCGGCUGAGGAGAAAAAAGCCAAAAGCUCCUCCUUCUUUCCUGCGAAGCAAGGAGGCAACGGAGAGGACAAUGGGAGAGGAAGAGAGUUUGUGUUCGAGGAUGACUGGGGGGAGCUGUCAGUGGAUCUAAGACUUCGCUUCUCACAGGUCAAACCUGUCGACGGCAUCCCGGCUGACUUCGCAGCUGGUCAAGCCGUUUGGACUCCUGACUCUACUGGCAUUGUUUUCGUUGGGUUUCAGACAACUCCAAGGCGGCUUGGGCUUCGUUUCUACAACACACGGAAGUCGAAGAUCGGCCUGGCCAUAGCUCCAUUCUUCUCUUCCGAAGCUACGCGAGGAGCUCCGCAAGGGCAGCGAACUUCCAGCACGACGCCGGCGAGCUCGAGAAAUCCAGUGAGAUGGUUGACGGGCGACGAAGACUGGGCAGCUCGAAGCCCGAGGUUCAGUGACGAUGGAAAGAAGAUGAUGUAUAUGAAUGCAGCAAGAAGCUCAGCUCACUACUCGAGCUCGUCGGUGUUGGUUGCUCGAUGGCCUCCAGAGGGAGCGGGACAACUUGAGCGAAGAAUUGUCGUCGGCAUUGUUGGCCUUCCCAACUCCGUUGAUGAAUUUCCCGGACUUUUCCUGCCUGUUGAACAACUUCCUUCUCGCUUGCGGAGGGUGUGGGCAAGUGACUCGCGACAUCUGAUCCUUCAAAGCGAAUGGAAGUCGCGUAGAGUCCUGCUGUCAAUCGACACUGAAGCGUCGGGAACAGAGGGUGUGAAGAAGAUUAAGAUCGGCAACGACUGCGAUGAGAUAGGCUCCUGGACGUUUCUUGACAUGCGGAAUGAUUUCAUUCUGGCCGCUCAUGGGCCUCACCAAGCGUUUUUGAUCAAGUUCCAAGCUGACGAUCGCUCUCAAGAUUGCAAACAUUGGCAGAUCAGCAGCGGGGCUUCUCCUUACGCCUCUAACAUCAGCACAAUCAAGUGGGAGCUGAUUGCGAUGCAAGCCCCGCAGACAGACGGGAUGGAGGGUUUUUACGAGUCAAUCUUCGUUGACAUUGAGAAUCUAAAUAAGAGCAACUCCAACUAUCCUCUCUCCGACAGCAAGACACCUCUCAUUGUCUUUCCUCACGGUGGCCCACACGUAAACGCCGUGCAAGACUUCUAUCCCUCGCUUUUGUUCUGGGCUUUGGAGGGAUUUGCGGUCUUGAGUGUCAACUACAGAGGAUCAUCAGGUUACGGUCAAGAUCACAUUGAGUCAUUGUGCGGGAAGAUUGGCAGACAGGACGUGGACGACAUGCUUCAUGCGACUGAGGAGGUCCUGCGGCGAUAUCCACAUCUUGAUCGGGACCGAGUCGUGGUUUGCGGCGGAUCGCACGGGGGAUUCUUGUCGCUGCACCUGCUGGCACAGUUUCCUUCAAUGUUCAAAGCUGCGGCUGUCAGAAAUCCUGUAACGAAUGUUGCCACCAUGUUCGGAGCUACCGACAUCCCAGACUGGUGCUACACAGAGAUCGGCAUGGAGGCGUGCUUCGCCCAACCAAGUGCUGAGCAAUACUCCAAGGCCUUCAGCAUGUCGCCGAUGGCGCAUGUUUCCAACGUGUCUGGUCCCGUGCUGCUGCUCGUGGGAGGAGAUGAUCGAAGGGUUCCGCCGUUUCAGAGCAAGGAGUAUUAUUUUGCGCUGAAGGAGCGAGGAGCAGACGUGGAAAUGUUGUGGUAUGACAAACACACACAUGGUCUUGCCGAGACUCCUAAGGGAGAGGGCGAUGGGAUCGUCAACAUCAUCAAAUUCUUCAAGCGCAAGCUCAACAUGCCGCAGUAA